CCAAGCAGAGCCCAGGGUUAUAAAGCUAUCUGUCUGCAACAUGUGUUAUCAAUUCAGCAGUCGUGUGUGACAUCUGUCAGUCUCAAGGCUGAACCACAAAACAGGUGGAAUCGCUGCAGUGGGCAUGGAGGCAAAUGGAGACCCAGGUCACUCCAAGGCAGAAAGGGCAGGUGAAGUGCUGAGUGAGUCUGAGCUAGAGAAGAUCGGCCUGAGAAAACAGAUUUCACGGGUGUCACUUUCCACCCAGAUCAGAAAAAUAAGAUGCUCAGGAUCAACUGCAAAGAGCUUGCUACUUCGAUUCCUGCCCAUCCUUAGCUGGUUGCCACGCUACCCAGUCAAAGAAUGGCUACUAGGGGACAUCAUCUCAGGACUCAGUGUAGCAAUUAUGCAUCUCCCACAGGGUUUGGCAUAUUCACUCCUAGCUGGGUUGCCUCCAGUCCAUGGUUUGUAUUCAGCCUUCUAUCCAGUUCUGCUGUAUUUCUUUUUUGGGACGUCCAGACACAUCUCUGUUGGUCCAUUUGCUGUCAUUUCUGUGAUGUUAGGAAGUAUGACAGAGUCACUAGAACCAAAUGGGAAAUAUCUGGAAGUGAUUGUUGGCACCAAUAAAACGUUUGUCAAUGAGAUCCGGAGGGAUGCAGCCCGGGUAGAGCUGGUAGCUUCAGUCACCUGCUUAAUGGGCCUAUUCCAGGUUGCCCUUGGCCUGCUACAGUUUGGAUUUGUGGCCACCUAUCUUUCAGAGCCCUUGGUGCAAGGUUAUACCACAGCUGCUGCAGUCCAUGUGCUGGUUUCCCAGCUAAAGUAUGUCUUUGGAAUCAGCCUGGAAGAGAAAUCUGGACCAUUGUCACUGAUCUAUACCUUUGUGGAGAUUUGCUCAAAAUUACCUGGCACUCACACUGGUACUGUGGUCACUGCUUUGAUCUCUAUGGUUGCCCUUUGCCUCAUCAAGCUACUCAAUGACAAAUUUGAUAAGAAGCUUCCAACACCUAUCCCCAUUGAACUUCUCACGAUUAUUGUCUCCACAGCAAUCUGCUAUGGUGCCAGCCUGAACAACAAAUUUGGGAUUAGUGUCGUGGGCGAUAUUCCCAAGGGAUUGAGAUCUCCUGAAGCCCCCAAUGGAAGCUAUUUUGGACAGACGAUAGGGAACGCUUUUGCCAUUGCUAUUGUUAGCUAUGUCCUUUGCAUCUCCCUUGGGAAAAUCUUCGCACUCAAGCACGGUUAUAGUGUGGACAGCAACCAGGAACUGAUAGCCUUGGGGCUCAGUAACAUCACUGGUAGCUUUUUCCAUUGCUACAGCAUCAGCUGCUCCAUGUCCCGCUCCCUAGUGCAAGAAAGCACAGGAGGACACAGCCAGGUGGCUACAGUCAUCUCCUCUCUCAUCAUCCUGGCAACCAUUUUGAAGAUUGGAGAGCUUUUCCACGAACUACCCAAAGCCGUCCUAGCUGCCAUUGUUAUUGUCAACUUGAAAGGCAUGUUCAAGCAGUUCAAAUGUAUUCCUGUACUUUGGAGAUCUAAUUUUAUCGACCUGCUUAUCUGGCUUGUAACUUUUAUCGCUACGCUACUCUUGAAUCUUGACUUGGGACUGGCAGCAGCUGUGACAUUUUCACUCUUCACUGUCAUCUUCCGGACUCAGAUGCCUUAUUAUUCCAUUUUGGGGCAAGUGUCCACCACAGGAAUUUACAAAGACAUUGCUGAGUAUCAUAAAGCUAAGGAAAUACCAGGUGUGAAAAUUUUCCACUCCUCUGCUACUAUCUAUUUUGCUAAUGCUGAACUGUAUGCAGAGGCCCUUAAAAAAAAGUGUGGCAUUGAUGUGUGUCAUCUCAUUGAAAAGAAGAUGAAAGCUCUGAAAAGGAAGCAAAAGAAAGACAAAAAAGAAGCCAAGAAAACUGCUAAAAAAUCUGGAGAAAACAACCCUGGAUUUGAGGAUGUGGAGAUGGAUGCAAAGUCACAAGAACCAGAGGAAGGCAUAACAGGUACUGAAAGCAAUGGAAAUGUGAUGGCUUGGAACCCCCCAAAUCAUCACCAGCCACAAUCAUGUGGCAAACCCAGUUUAAAUGGACUGGGGCUGGAAAAGCCUUCUAUCCACUCACUCAUUCUGGACUUCAGUUCUGUCACCUUUGUGGACACUGUCUCCGUAAAGACCUUAAAAAAUAUAUUUAAAGAUUUCCAGGAGAUUGAAGUGGAUGUGUUUCUUGCUGGUUGCCAUGGCACUGUCAUUACCCAGCUGGAAAGAGGCAAUUUUUUCAAUGAAACCAUAACCAAGAGCCACCUUUUUGCAUCAGUGCAUGAUGCAAUUACUUAUAUCGCCAGGAACCAAGAAAAGAGCAUGCCACACACUGACACUGAUGACUACAACACUAACAUGUAAUCCAGUGAGCAGAAAACAGGCUUACAUCUUCAAGAUGAUGUUUUAAACUAUGUUGCUAAUGAGGUAUGACUCAUCACCAUUACAAAUCCAGAGAAGUGAACCAUUACAAGUGUGAAUGCUUAAAAACUGGAAGUUGGACAUGCCUUUUCCUGGAGACGCAACUUUGAAGGAACUGAGAACUGAUUGUGUCCGAGAAACUUUGUUCUGGAUUUUUGAGCACUGAUUCUUCUAGUUCUCCUGAGAAAAUAUUUCAUGCAUCAAAAAAGAAUCCCUCUCAGGUACUGGAAUUUGUUGCUAUCCCUGCUCUUGGGAUAAGGAUUUUCUAUUCUAUCUGCCACUGGAUUUGGUGAGAAAAUUGAGCAUUUACAGCAUGUUUUUGCCUUUGUGAUGAUCCUAAUCAACAAGGAAAGGCAGAACGUGUCUCUUACAUGUUUGUUUGUUUGUUUGUUCCUUCCUUCUUGGACUGGUGUUUUAAUAUCAGGUCUUAGAAAGUAAGUUUUUCAUACUUUGAAUUUCUUUGGUCAUGCCUGGAUGCCUUAAUAUAGAGAAAGGAGUUUUAGCCCACAUGCUUUGCAUGAAGUAUUCCUAAUAUUUCCUGAUAGAAGGAUCAGAUAGCAAACAAUAAGAAAAUUAAAGACCUGUGAUUAAUUUAAGAUCCUGGACAAUCAGCAUAAAUCAAGGUUAGCAAUACUGGUAAACAAGGUAAACAAGACCUCUUGUUGUCUGUGGAGAUUCUCAGUCAUCCAGGUCAUGGUUGUCCCAGAGGUGCUUUUUCAAGAGGCAACUGGACUUUCUGGUUUUUCUUUGAAGACGUUUCGCUUCUCAUCCAAGAAGCUUCUUCAGAACUGGUUCAGUUGCCCUCUUGAAAAAGCACCUUUGGGAAGACCUGUGCUUCUUCUUUCACUAAAAUUGUUUGAUUUUAGUAGACUUGAUUACAAUUUACUGAGACAAUGCAUAGGACACAGGAAGUGGUACUUUUAUCGCAAAAACUGUAAGAAACAAAGUAUGUAUGAAUUAUGAAGUCAUUGUUUCUGGUGUGGGGAAGCAGGAGUUGAACUCAAAAGAUAAAGAGAGGUCUGGUUUAAGAAAGCUUUUUUGGGGGGGGGGGAAUCCUAUUAACAUGAAUUAAAUGUGUGUACAGGUAAGUUCUGUGAAUAUUAAAAUGCAGCAACUGUCUCCAGAAGCAGAUGUCGUGAGAUGGACCAUGCCACCAUUCUCUAACACUGCAAGGUGUUAGAGAAUUAUGAGUUACAUAACCUGCCCUGAAACAUUAAGCCAGUCUGUUCAAUAUUCAGGCCAACAAACAGGCCAGAAUCCACAAUGUUCAGAUAUAUCCUCAGUGUCCUAACUGUUUUAUCAGCAUAAAUGUCUUUAUUUGACUCUUACAUUUUAUGCACUACUGUUUCUUAUGCUUUGAAUAGAUAUCCCCCUUUUCUUUGUUUGUUUGUUUGGAAUUUAACAUUAACAAAACGUAUGUUUUGUGGUCUGUCU